AGAUAGAUAUAUAUACGCAGUAGUAGUCGGUGCGGGCAGGAAGAGGGCGUGGAUCCCGUGACCCACCGGAGAAACCCGCCGUUCGUCCUCGUCUUUGGCUUCUUCUCUCUCUCUCCCUCCGCACGCACCCAAGAUGUCCACCGACCCGGCGCCUACAAUGCCCUCCAAUCUGUUACCACAGAUCUUCACCUCCCUCGGCCGAUCCUCGCGACCGUGGUCACUCGUCCGAAUCCUCAAAAGCACCAACGCAAAAGACAUCCAGGGCGAACUCCGCGGCACCGCCACCUUCAGGCCCCUGCGCGCGCCGUCUCUAGACCAGCAGCCCGACGGCACGGCGGACAUGGUCUAUCGCGAGGAAGGCGAAAUGCCCGCCAUCCUGGGCUUGGGCUCGGGGUUGCGCUUCACCAAGAAAUACAUCUGGCGCAUGAGCGAGUCCGGGCGCGUCAGCGUAUGGUUUGCCAAGGUGCAGAAGGCCGACGCGCAGGACGCUCACGAGGAGCCGGACUAUCUCUUCCACGAGUUCGAGGUCGCCGCGCCCGCGUCCGAGUCGACGGAAACGCCGCUCGUUUUGGCGCCCAUUCCGCCCCCGGAUGCCACCUUCACCACGGUGGUGACGGCGCGAGGGAACCACCUGUGCAUCAAUGACAUGUACCACACGGCCUACGCGUUUCGCAUACGCCCCGACUCCGGAGAGGUGGUGAGCUGGUCGAGUCGGCAUGUGGUGAAAGGCCCCAAGAAGGACCAGGACAUCGUGAAUCUGUACCGACGAGAAGAAGAGUGAAAGAUCGAUCUAGAGGCGGCGGUCAGCAACCCCCCUCCCCGGCUGGGUCUAUGUGGAUAGAUAUGUUACGAGUCUAUGAAUCACGUCGACGAGGAAUUGUCACCCAAGAACAGUUGCCAUCAAUGUCCCUAGCUCUAUAUUUGUCCCGCACUCGCGCGGAGAACCCUGAUCGUCAGCUUGAAUCCUCUCGCUAUAAAAGACCCCGCCCGUCGACCGCGCAUGCGCCUGCCUCACAGCGUAUAAAUGAAGUCCGGUCUCUUGUCUCCCAGGAGCUCGAUCUCGUUUUGGUUCAGU